UGACGUCAUUUCCGUUUUGUGGAAUCGUUGCGGAGUCCCGGCGUGCAGUGCGGCUGCUCGGUGUGAUGGCGGCUGUGCUGGAGGAGAACGGCUGCAGCCCCCCGGCCGGGGACUCCGACGCAGAGGUGGGCGACACCGCCCGGCACAAGCUGGAGUCUCUCCUGAACCGCAACAUGAGGAUAGAGAUGACGGACGGGCGCUCGCUGAUCGGCUGCUUCCUGUGCGCAGACAGAGACUGCAACGUCAUCCUGGGUUCGGCGCAGGAAUUCCUCCGGCCCUCAGACUCCUUCCCCAUCCGAGAGCCGCGAGUCCUGGGUCUGGCCAUGGUCCCCGGCCACCACAUCGUGUCUAUACAGGUGGAGCUGGAGAGCGUCACCUCCCCCCAGUACCUGUGAGUGCCGGCGCGGAGGCUGGCGGGCGUCCCUACGCUCUGUGGCUAUGUAUAUAUAUAUAUAUCAGUAUAUAGCCGGCCGCAGCAGGGUCUGUUAUCACCUGGCGUUUGUGUACAGUGGAUGUCCAUCUUUCUAUUCUUCCUAACAGAUUAAAUUAUUUUUUAUUG